AUGAUCGGGCAUAAAAGUCAUCCCACUGGUUUCAAUUCAACGAAAGCAACACAAACGCGUUUUCCUUCCUCUCUAUUUGAUGCACCAAACCUUGCUAGCUACAACGGUGGCGGUCGCAGUGGCGCAUUUUUGGCAUUGGACGCAAAUUUGGAACUUUUGAAGAAGACAGGACAGAUUGAUGUAUAUGAAUAUGGUAAAAUAUUAAUUAAUGCUCGACCUCAUCUGAUCGAUUCGGUAGAUCAGUACCAAUUCAUUUAUGAUGCUCUCGCUGAGGCAGUCUUGUGUAAUAUCGAACCGAUCGAAAUGUGGAAGUUGAAGAAAAGGAGUAGUAUGUACAAAGCGAAGAAGAAUCGCCAGGUAAUGGAAGCACAGGUUGCUAAUGAAGCUAAGUUGCUAGUAAUGUUGACACCUACGUUGAGGAUUGGUGAUUGUGCUGGUGGUCAUCGGUUAGAGAAUCGCGGUAAAAACAGGGACGUAAUGGUAGUACCACCUGACCAUGCUCGACCGUAUUUACAAACGUUACACGGUGAAAGCAAAGAUUACACUUACAUCAAUGCAGUUGAAGUAGAUGGUUUUAGACGGAAGAAUGAGUUUAUCGUAACGGAGUGGCCGAAAAAUUCAACACUGGAUAGUUUCUGGACGUUGGUUUUCGAUCAUAGUUGCCAUACCAUUAUUAAUUUAAGUAAUCAGGGGCGUUCUCGAGCAUAUCCAACAUUCCUACACAGCAAAGGAAAGCACACAUAUGGGCCUUUUGUUGUCGAAAUUUUAAAUCAUCAUCAAUAUCCAUCAAUGACCUCUCAUAUGGUCAAAAUUAUGAAGAAGUUAUUUAUGAUCUCAGAAAUAAUGGCAAACGGUACCAAUCAACAGCAGUUGGAAGCCGAAGUUAGAAUAUGUUGUGUUAUACAGAUUCGAAUGUGGCCAAUUGAAAACAAGGUUCCAUCAUCAACUUCUGGUCUUAUUGAUAUGAUAAAAAUGGCUCGCAGCUGGCGGAAACGUGCUCCAGAAAGACCGGAAACAAAACCCACAAUUGUUAUGUCACAUAAUGGUGUAAAUCGAUGCGGCAUUUAUAUAGCUGCUAAUGUAUGUAUUGAUCAAAUGGAUAUGGAUCAUGAAGUUGAUGUCUUUCAUGCCGUCAAAUUGAUUAGAAUGAACAGACCACAACUUGUUGACAGAGAUGAAUAUAAAUACUUGUAUGAUUUGAUGCUACACUGGUACAUGACCAAUCCGGAAUAUCGUAUUUUUGACCAAAAAGAGGAAUCACGAGAUUCAGCAUCGCAGAAUAGGUACUAA